AUGAAGGAGAAAUCCAAAACUGCCGCAAGGACUAGACGGGAAAAGGAGAACAGUGAAUUCUAUGAACUAGCCAAAAUGUUGCCUUUACCCUCUGCUAUCACGUCGCAGCUGGACAAAGCGUCUAUAAUAAGACUGACAACAAGUUAUCUGAAGAUGAGAAUUGUCUUCCCUCAGGGUAAGUAUAUUUUAAGCUUUAACAAUGCAGUGUUCUCUUAUAUAGGCUAUGCCAUUUGCCAUUUAUCUGUAGGCAAUAUGUAUUAGUAUUUAUCUGUAGGCCUAUCUCUUAUCUGGAUUUUUUGUUUGGUAUGUAUUUUUUCACCUGCAUUUGCCUACUGAUUACGGUAGUCUAUUAUAAUUGUAUAUUAUGUUUAUUGUGCAUAGGUUUAUUAGGCUACGUUAUAGCCUAUAACAGCUGUUAAUAGGCUACAUUGUGUAAUGAUACUAUUAUAUUUAUAUUGCGAUGACACCUGGCAGCUGUUGUCUUUCUGUUGUAGUCAUUGCUGAUGUUGUUGUUUUAUCUUAUUAGCCUUUCGAUAUGUUUUUUCAGCUUCCAGUUAUUGCUACAAUAGGCUACCAUGUUGCUACAGUAGGCUAGUGUAAUUUCGUGCGUGCGUGUUCGUAUGAUCAUCGCAGAUCCAUGUCUAGGCCAUUUUCGGGGUCAGGGUGAUCGAAAUGCGUUGAAGGCGGUUAGCCACAAUCUUCCCCCGGUCUCAACAGGCUGCUGUGCUGUGUGACUGGCACUGACCGCCGCAUCAAUUAUAAAACGCCCCGCUUCUGAUCACUGAGGCGCGAAACAACGGGAGUAGACCUAAUUGAUCCAUUCAAACCGCUUUUGCUUUUUCCGGAUAAAAAAAUGAAUAUAUGAACUCCGGAAAAUUGCUAGGCCUCUGGGGUGUGACUGAACAGAUGCGUCAUGCCCAUAGGGGACACAGAGGCAGAUUUGUCCUGUUUAAAAUACAAAAAAAAACAUGUUAAUAUUUGUUGUUUCUCUGUAAUAGGCUACUACCAGCCGCCUAGCAAUUUUAGGAAGACCUCCCAACCUUAUAAUUAGCUACCAAUAAGCCAUUUCAGGCUAUCUCUUCAUACUUCAUAUUCAGUCAUACUCAUAUCUGUUUUAUCACACUUGAUAGCCUACUCCUAAUCAGAUUUACUCCGUGAUCAGAAAACCCGGAAGUGCACUUUAAAUGCUGGUAAAGCCUAUACCUUGGAGCGCAUUGUUAUGUUCCUUGACUUCCUUCACUCAUUCACAAACAUUGUUCAAAGGUAGGUCUACCACCCCAAGAGAUGAAAAUUCAUAUGAUUUACUUACUUAGUUCUAUUCAAUUAUCAACUAAAUAGAUUAAUAAAUUGUAAGGAUUGGUGUGAGGUGUGACCCAGGUGCGGUGCAGCAUAGACAGCAGGCAGUAGGCAGAGAUGGUGAAACUAGGAUCUUUACUGGUGGUCCCGAAGCCAGGAUACAAAACAACGGACUUAACAUGAUAAAAGAAGGUGGAGCAAAUAAGUCUCCAAAAACAGGCUGACAGCCAAAAUAGGAACUACAUUUAUAUUUUAGUCAUUUAGCAGACGCUCUUAUCCAGAGCAACUUACAUACAUUGUGAGUGCAUACAUUUUUCAUACUGGCUGUCUGUGGGGAUUGAACCCACAACCCUGGCGUUGCAAGCGCCAUGCUCUACCAACUGAGCUACAGGAGGCUAACUACAACUGAAAUAAUAAAGAAACACCAAUAGGAUGAUGAUUAGUCCAGACUGUGAGGAAGGAGGUGCCUAAGGUUGUCAGAGGAUGACACCCAGUGGGUCGCUCCGGAACUGCGACCCCCUCCUGUAACAAUAAAUAGCUUAAUGCAUGGCUGGCUACUACUGCCAGCAUUUAUUCCAGACACAGAUUUAGAUGAAGCUAGGCUAAUUCGUUUUCCCGAUAUAGCCUAUUGUUUCACUUUUGAGGUGUAGCAAAACUUUUCUCUCCUGACAGGCCUACUUAUGCCACAACAUUUGUACAAUUAAAAUACAUGAUCUACAUUUGUCAUUUUAUUUUCUAAUGCUCUGUCGCUUGGUAAACAUGCCUGGGCGAAAAUAAAUAAUAAUAGCAAGCAUGGGCUUGGAUCAUGACAUAACAACAGACAUAAGGUCAGCAAUGGAAUAAUUAUACAGACAGACAAAGUAGGCCUACUAAACAACACCAAGUAGACAGACAUAAACAACCAUAUGGCCUCAGCAAAAUUGACAGGAAAUAACUAGAUUGAAAAACAAUGACUAGCAACGGAUUCUGAUUCAUACACAAUGUUUGGAGAAGCGGAGACUUGUGCCCUGAGAGGAGUGACUGACUGUGAGUGAGUAAAACAGAGCAGCGGAAAUGAGGGCAGAGGGAGAGUGGCUUGUUCUAAUCCAAUCAUUGCAGCAGGCUCAACCGACUGUAUACCCUGCCCAUUUCUUUUUAAGUGGUAAUGCUAGAGAAGCCGGUGUUUGGAGGAUAUAUUGGCACUGGUGUUGUUAGGCCCAAGAAGAUGUCGAGAGGAGUCAACAUAUUCAAAUAAUGAUUUAUAUAUUUUCAUUAAAAACGUUAUUUUGAUGAAUUUAUUUAUACUAUUUCAUCCUUCCACGAGAUAUAGUCCCGACACAAAUCUAGGGUUGCUACCCAAGCAGGCUGGUUGUUCGUUCUAUCAGUUCAUUUGGCAGAGACAUGACCCAGUCAUUAAGUCUUUUUUGUUCUAAAUGUUCUAUUGCCAUACUGGCUGGCAACCCCUUGUUUGCUAGCUAGCCAACUACUGCUAACUUACAGUCAGGUCAAACAGUGCAGCCAUAAUAACUACAACGUAGCUGUAUUUGCAUUUGUUUAAGCUGUUUUCUAGUGACAUUUAUUUGGAUACAUCCAUACCAAUGAGCUAAUGAUGUGCGAUUUCACCUGGUAUAGAAAAUGUGCUCUUUAGUCAGGUCACUGUUGUUCAGAGGAGCUAGCCAACAACACAGCUAACACAAUCACUUCAAACUGAAGCUGGAACGAACUAGCUGCACUUCGUUUAGUUUUACCUGUUUUCUAUUGAUAUUUCUUUGUAUAUUUCCAUAAAAAUUAUGCUGAUUCAUUAUUUUGACUGGCUGAGAAAAACUGCCUGCCUGUCUGUCUCAUAGCCUACUAUGCAACAGCUGGAGAUUGAAUUUGAAUAUUGAAACAAUGUUGCAAAUGUUGGAGAGACAGACAGUAAGGUUAAUACAAAUCUCUGCUGUUGAAAACGAAAUGUUAGUCUAAAAGAAAUGUGAGAUAAUAUCUAGAUGCAUUUUAUAGUGGAGAUCAAGUUUAUAAAUUGCCUGGCUGGGCUGAUUAAACAGUGUGUUGCAUAGUCAGAUGGAACGGAGUAAAUAGGCAUUUUAAUGUAAUAGAUUUAGCCAGUGGUAACUUGUGGAAUAGACACUGGCAGGAAUGUGGUUUUAACCAAUCAGCAUUCAGGAUUAGACCUACCCAUUGUAUAAACAGACAGACGAUCUAGCCAAUAGUUAUUUAGAGAAACAUGGCACUUCAAAUUGUUUGAGUGAAAGAGAGAUGAGUGCUGCCUGCUGAAAAUGACUUUUUUCAGAUCAGAUAAUUACAAAUAAAUGUGUGUCAUGUCAUAAUCCUAUUUGGAAAAUUCUCCAUUAGUUACAUACUAGUUUUGUUCCAGUACUGGGCACACCCCUACUAUCAAUCAAGUUAGCAUGCCUGCUGGAAAGGUUGGUAGACUUUAGAAAAGCAAGCAAUUACUAAAUGUAUAAGAGUCAAAUUCCUUUCAAUCUUUCCUUUUGAUUUUAGCAGGGAUGCAGAGAAGCAUAUUUUGUUUCUUUUAAAAACAUAAUCACCAUUCAGGGGGAUACAGACAGCUCAAGCGGUAUGCUUAGAUAUGCAGAAAAAUAUAUAUAUAUUUUUGACAUAGUAUUAAGCAUAAUGAUUAUGGCUUUAGGUUGCAGGAAAAAAAUACUAAAUUCUCCACCACCCCAGCCAUCCUCACAUAAUUUGUGCCCCCUAAGAUUUCUGGGGUUCAUGACACCCCUGUGACUGACUGCAUGGUGAAUAAUAUAUUUAAGUGUAUAUGCUACACAUGUGGAUCUAUUGGCUAUCUAGACCUACACUUUAUCUAAAGUUCGCCAGUUUCAUGUUUAGGUAAGCUCAUGACAAAUGCAAGGAAUGACAUUGCAAGAAACUGAAACUGAUUUUUCAAUAAGUAGCCUAUAGGCCUAUAGAGUCUGCCAUAUCAUGAUGUGACAGCCUAUGUCAUUCUCAAAACAGUGAUAUGACCGUGUUAUCGCAGGUCACCUAAACUGAACGGACACAUGGAAAUGUUUUCACUUCACGUAAACAAUUAAAGGUGCACGUUGCAAGAAAUCACGAGGUAGGCUACUUUGAUGUGAUGAUAAACAGUGACUGAUUAUGACUGAUGAUGAAAAAAACUAUAAUAGGCCUAUGCUAAUCAAUUGUAUGACAUAGGCCUUCUGAUACAAAAACCAACACCAUUAUUUGGAAUGCUUUCUCUGGGCUAUUUCUAACUAUGCACUAUUGUGUUUGCAUUAGCAUAUAAGCUCUCAGCCAUUAUGUAUUAUAAAUCACUGAUUAUUGCUAAUCAGAAUAAUCUACAAUAAAUGUUUACUGUGACCAUUUAGUUGUGCACAUGAUAAUCAAUCAAACUAUUGUACAUCUUAUCGGACUAUACCUACAGUACCAGUCAUUGAAAUAGCAAACAUUAUAUUUGAUUACCAUUUGUGACAUUAUAAAUUAGCCUACACUGUAAAACAUUUCCUUAAUGGCCGCCAGUUACCUGUAAAUUACUGUAAAAAAAAGGAACAGUAUGUGACCGUAUUGAAUUUUAUGGUGUACUGUUACUGUUACUGUUACUGUCAUUGAUUUACAGUACCAAUAAUGCUUAUCUAGUCGUUUUAUGUUAUCAAAUAGUUUUACUGUAAAGCCUUAUUUGAACAUUUCCCAGAGUGCCUUGCCUUUCGGGUGAAUUGUAGAGUUACCACCCAUGACUGUAUUUGUUAGUGACAGAGACAUGGUUCCUUCAUUUUCAGUCCUGUAGCUUUCACCAAGUGAGUUCCUAGGCGAAUGUGAUCAUUACAAUUAAACUCUUUAUGACAAUACAUUACAUAUCUCAUAAGGCCUUAUUUUGAUGCCUAGUUUUACCCUGAUACAGUGGCCUGACUCUUGGUUUACAGGCCACAUCAUGCCUGCAAGUAGGGUUGCAAAAUUCCGGUAACUUUCCCAAAAUUCCCAGAUUUUCCAGAAAUCCUGGUCGAAGGAUUCAGGAUUUCCUGCUUAUUCCUUCCUGUUUCCAGGACACUUCCAACCCUGAUUUCUGGAAAAACUGGGAAUUUUGGGAAAGUUACCAGUAUUUUGCAAGCCCUACCUGCAAAUCACAUUAUGCUGGGUUGCAAAGUGAUGUGUAAUUCCUGUUGGAAUUCAGUCAGAGUUAGGAUAUCCAACCGCUGGAAUCUUCAUUCACCCGCAAUCUGCAUUCAGAUUGACUAUCAGGGUUAGGGAUAUUGGGAGUAGACUAUCUAAACCAUAUAAACUGGAAUAAUCAUUUCAAUAAUAGUUUCAAUUUUUUUUUAUUGAACUUUGUGUAGAAUAAGAUUAAUCAAUUAAUUAAUGUACAUGCACAAACAUAGAUUAAAAAAUACAAUAAAAUAAAUCUACCUGCAGUUGAGCAUGCUGGGAAAUAUGAUUUUAAAAAAGUCUAAGACUGUAUGGUACCAAUAAUAAUACUGUAGUCUUUUAAUGGUACCAAAUUAUCUAUUUACUGUUGUUUUACAGUAGUUUACAGGUAACUGGCUUACAGUUUUACGGUACCAAUGUGUUACAGUAUUUAAUUGACGGUACAAUUACUGGUAUGUAAUAUAUUGUACGGGGUGUGGGAGAGGAGGGGGAGAGUUGUUUGAAUUCAGGCUAAAUUAUGUUGCAGUUCGCCUAAUUUCCACAAGGGGCCUGCGUUUUACAUGUAGCUCCUAUUUUGUGUGUGAUUGUUUUACUUUUCACAAUGGAAAAGGAUUUAUUUGUAUGAUGUGCCGUUCUGAUUGUAUAUUUUUUCUAUAAUAUAAAACAGCAUGGCCACAAACAAAUGAAUGCAUAUAAAUAACAAAAAAGGUACCAAUUAUCUAAGAAUAUUUGUAUUUAUAUAUAAUGAUAAUUUGCUAAAAUGUUUUCUCUCUUGCGUUUGAUUUUGUUGCCUUGUGCUUUUAGUGUAGCAUUCUAUUUAGAAUAUAUAUAAAUACAGUAAGUGACCUGCUACAGUGUUUUAUGUAGAAUGUAUUAUGGUAAUGUCCGAAAAUAAUUUUUCCCACUUUUUAUUUUUUAUUUUUUUAUUUUUUAUUUAACCUUUAUUUAACCAGGUAAGCCAGUUGAGAACAAAUUCUCAUUUACAACUGCGACCUGGCCAAGAUAAAGCAAUGCAGUGCGAUAAAAACAACAACACAGAGUUACAUAUGGGGUAAAACAAAACAUAAAGUCAAAAAAUACAACAGAAAAUAUAUAUACAGUGUGUGCAAAUGCAGCAAGUUAUGGAGGUAAGGCAAUAAAUAGGCUAUAGUGCAAAAUAAUUACAAUUAGUAUUAACACUGGAGUGAUAGAUGUGCAAGAGAUGAUGUGCAAAUAGAGAUACUGGGGUGCAAAUGAGCAAAAUAAACAACAAAAUGGGGAUGAGGUAGUUGGGUGGGCUAAUUUCAGAUGGGCUGUGUACAGGUGCAAUGCAAUGUUGUUUACAGUAAUCUACUGUAUUCAGUUUAUACAGUUUAUAUAUUCACUAAAUAUUCAUUUACCAUGACAAUUACAGGAUUUUUUUUUUUUUUAUGUGUAUCUAUCCUUAAGAAAAUAAUUAUUACGGAAAUAGGCCUAACUAUUUCUUCAGCAGUUGACAGAAGUUAUCAAUUGCUUGUAGCAAACAUAGGUGAAAAGUAGCCAAUAUAGGCACAGGAGAAAAUAUUUCGGACUAUUAUUGACAUCAAUUGGCUAUAUGAGCAUUUUGAUUAGGCGUGUAUUGAAUUUGAUGAAUGUUUUGGUAUAUAGCCUAAACACUAGGCGUUCUUUAUGAAAAAAAUACAAUAUGCCUAAUUACAAUAGUUACAAAUUAGUCUAAAACAGAGAAAUCCCUGAAACUAAUGAUAGGCCUAAUAGUCAACAGAAGCACAUUUGUGUAGGCCUACCUCUAAUGGGUUAUUGAAACUGGGGAACAGCUCAGCCUGUCUUAAACCUCGUAAGCAUCUGAAAAAUAUCCCUAGAGCAGAGAGGUGAGAUGUUAACACACCGGGCACACACUGGUUGUUUCCAGGUAAUUUCAAUGAAUUGACGUAUGUGCCCAGUGGGAAGUUUCUCUGCUUACAUCGACGAUUCUAUGGUUUGGGGCUCUUGACGUCCGUUAAGCAACACUUCAAACGCCGGGUGAAUCAAAUUCUUUGCCUAUCAGGCCUAUUUAUAAGACAUGUAGGCUAGACCUAAUGCUCAUUGAAUCCGCGGCUUCGCUUCUCGAAUACAUCAGACAAAUUAGUAAGCUGCACCUAUUGUGACCCCUGUGAUAUAGUAUCUGAGUUGAAGUGCAAGAAAGGCAUCCUCUCACCCAUGAUAGCAGCUCCAUGCAAUUUGAAUAUGACGCUCGCAUGCAAGAAAGUCAAGACAGACAUGCACAAAGACAUAUCACAUAUCAAUAUCUUAUAUAAUCCUUACAUUCACAUCAACAUUUUUCGAAUAAUGUGUCUAUGCAGCAGGCCUACUUUCGACUGGCCAUGUGUGGAGCUAUUAUUAACAGUAAAUUGCCAGACUAAAAAGAUACGUUUUUGCAAAAAUAAUAGUAAUUGUGAAAAUAUCAAAUAGCCUACUGUUGUAAAAGAAAAAGCCUAUUGUGUAAAAGAAAAAGGGAAAAAAAAGAUAUAGAAUAGGCUUAUACUCUACUUGUCCAUUAUUAUAGGCCUAAAUCACUGCGUCAAACUCAAUGUAAACCACACUGAAUGUUGUUUUCAAAGGGAGGCUACUUUGCAUGUGUGCAGAAUGUACAAUAUUUUUUCGACGACAGCUGCGUUCAUUUGACUUCUAAACAAAUAAGGAGAUGAGCUGUGCAAAAGCUAUUUCUAAUGUUGACCAAAUAAUUUGGGUAUUGUUGUUGAGCUGUGUAAACGCAAAGGUAUGUUUGGGCAAUAUUGAAAUGUGAAAUGGUGGUGGGUUAUUCGAGUCUUUACUCAGACACUGAUUGUUUUUGUAUGAUUAGCAUUUUCUAUCUGGCAUGACGUUGCGAGAAGAGUUGCUUGUAUUUAUUUGCGUUAUUUAUUAGCGUUAUCGAGUUUUGUUUGUUCCCUCGAGGAUGUCACAUGUUUCAUGCAAUUACAGUUGUGAUAUUAUUCGCUUAUAAUGCUUUGUUGAAUCUAAAAACGUAAAUUUUUUAUUGUCUUAAAGUGGAAUCCUGGACAUAAAGUCACUGGGGUCCACUUUACAGAACGUUCUGUUCCUUCUCAGCAUGAAAACACGUUUGGAUCAAAUAGAACUCUGAGCAUAUAAUGAUAUAUGGAGGGAGAACAGCGUGAACUUUAAAACAUGACAGUCCAUGGCUGAAAGAGAGGAAAAAAAGAUAUAUAAUAAGCUCAUACUCUCCUUUUCCAUUAUUAUAGGCCUAAAUUACUGCGUCAAACUCAAUGUAAAUCACGCUGAAUGUUGUUUUCAAAGGGAGGCUACUUUGCAUGUGUACAGAAUGUACAAUAUUUUUUCCACAGCAGCUGGGUUGAUUUGACUUCUAAACAAAUAAGGAGAUGAGCUGUGCAAAAGCUAUUUCUAAUGUUGACCAAAUAAUUUGUGUAUUGUUGUUGAGCUGUGUAAGCGCGAAGGUAUGUUUGGGCAAUAUUGAAAUGUGAAAUGGUGGUGGGUUAUUCGAGUCUUUACUCAGACACUGAUUGUUUUUGUAUGAUUAGCAUUUUCAAUCUGGCAUGACGUUGCGAGAAGAGUUGCUUGUAUUUAUUUGCGUUAUUUAUUAGCGUUAUCGAGUUUUGUUGGUUCCCUCGAGGAGGUCAUAUGUUUCAUGCAAUUAGAGUUGUGAUAUUAUUCGCUUAAUUUCGAUCAACUUUCUGCAGCAUUUUGUAAAAAUGUUUGACACAAAUAGCUAUGUGUAUUAUUAUUAUUUUUGAAAUAGAUAAGCUUGGGCCUACAGAGAAAACUGCCAUAAUAAAAGUCAGCAUAAAGAAACAUUGUCACUUGCGUUAUGUGUAUUAUUGCACGACUAUAUGGUUUACGAAAAGGAGCUGAUAUAUUGGCACUUUGUUUCAGGUUUGGGUGAAGCUUGGGGUCACACGAGUCGAACGAGAUCUUUGGACAAUGUAGGACGUGAGCUGGGAUCCCAUCUUCUCCAGGUAAUUUAGGAAGCUUAGUCUACCAAUUUAAUAGCAAAUUCACUGCAAAAAUAUGGUGGUUUCAAUAGCCUAUUAAUAAUGAAAAUAAUAUUUCUUAAGAUAUAUGUAGACAUGUUACGUUUGAUUUGAUAGGUGGGAUCCCACAUCCUCCAGGUAAUUUAGAAAGCUUACUAAUUUAAUAUUUGCAAAAUUACUGUAAAAUAUGAUAUUACUAAAAAUUACAAUCUCACGAAUCUGACUGAAAUGCAGUGACUGUUCUCGAAUCGGCCUCAUAAUUCGUUGAUCUACGCAUUAAUUUAUGUCUUUUUUUCUCCAGACAUUGGACGGCUUCAUCUUUGUAGUGGCGCCAGACGGAAAGAUCAUGUACAUCUCUGAGACAGCAUCAGUCCAUUUGGGACUCUCUCAGGUCAGCACCUGGUCGUAGCCUAUUCAUCUUAGCCUAUUUAGUGUUUUUGGUUUUUCAAGUUUUAUUUGGUCGAGUGAGUCGAGUCUUUUUAUAGGCUAUGCAUAAGGCUAAGAGCGUGUGAUAUCCAUAUUACAAAAACUUUUCAUGUUAGAAAUUAUGAAAUUAUGUUUGAAUGGUUGAGUGAUUAAUACUGUUUAAUUACCGAGGUAAUACUUAACAGGUAGAGCUGACCGGGAACAGUAUUUACGAAUAUGUCCACCCCGCCGACCACGACGAAAUGACUGCAGUUCUCACCCCACAUCAGCCUUACCACUCACAUUUCGUCCAAGGUAGGCUAUAUGAAUAUAGGCCCAACUUGGAGAGAAUGAAACCGCAUACAUAAUUAGUUUUUGUACGUUGGAUAAUAGACUGAUAUUUUCAGUCUCCUCUUCCAGAAUAUGAGAUGGAGCGCUCUUUCUUCUUGAGGAUGAAAUGCGUGCUGGCAAAGAGAAACGCAGGCCUUACCAGCGGUGGAUAUAAGGUAGACGAUUUGCAAUGGAAGUAUAUAGCCUAAUGCUGCAUGAAAAGUUAUAUUUAUGUUGCAUACAAAUGCUAUUGAUUUAAUCUAUUCCAAAUUGAUUUGAACUUCAUUAAGCAUAAAGGUAGGCGUAAGUAUAAUUUCUGGAAUGACCCCCCCCCCCCCCCAGGUCAUUCACUGCAGCGGUUACCUAAAGAUCCGUCAGUACAGCCUGGACAUGUUGCCUUAUGACGGAUGCUACCAGAACGUGGGCCUGGUGGCAGUGGGACACUCUUUGCCUCCCAGCGCGGUGACCGAGAUCAAGCUGCACAGCAACAUGUUCAUGUUCAGAGCCAGCCUUGAUAUGAAGCUAAUCUUCCUCGACUCGAGGUAGGUCAACAGCAAAACAUACAUACACAUAAAGCAUGGGUUGAAGGAUAAUAUAUGUAGGAGAAUAACUGAAUAACUCAGGCCUACAGCAGGUGUUUUGAUGAGCCAGCCAUUGCAUAAACCAGCAAUAUAUAUAUAUAUAUAUUUAUUUUUUCCCACUAGUGUUGUUAAAGGACUUAUGUCCACAACUUAAUGGAAUAAAAACAGUAUCAAAUUCACUAACAUGAAAUGCUACAAUAUAUUACAUUAUUUAUGGUGUUAUGAUGCCUUAUUGAAUCUAAAAACUGAAAUAUUUUAUUGUCUUAAAGUGGAAUCCUGGACCUAAAGUCACUGGAGUCCACUUUACAGAACGUUCUGUUCCUUCUCAGCAUGAAAACAAGUUUGGAUCAAAUAGAACUCUGAGCAUAUAAUGAUAUAUGGAGGGAGAACAGCGUGAACUUUAAAACAUGACAGUCCAUGGCUGAAAGAGAGGAAAAAAACAUUUGCCUUCUCACCCCUUCCUCCCUCCUUCCCUCCCUCCUUCCCUCCCUAGGGUGGCAGAGCUGACUGGUUACGAGCCCCAGGACCUCAUUGAGAAGACCCUGUACCACCACGUCCACAGCUGUGACACCUUCCACGUGCGCUGUGCCCACCAUCUGUGUGAGUUAGUUACAGUAGGUUGGGCCCUGCCUCGUCGGACUCGACCUUUUACUGGACUUUAGGUUAUUUUACUUUACUUUAUCAAAUCAAUCCAAACUAAGAUAUGUCUCCUCUUCUCCUAUCCUCUCCCCUCCUCUCCUCCCCGACUCCCACCCCCUUCCUUCUCCUCUCCUUUGAUCCUCACAGUGCUGGUGAAGGGCCAGGUGACCACUAAGUACUACCGUUUCCUAGCCAAACAGGGAGGCUGGGUGUGGGUGCAAAGCUACGCCACCAUUGUCCACAACAGCCGCUCCUCCAGACCCCACUGCAUCGUCAGCGUCAACUACGUUCUUACGUGAGUCUCAUUCAAUUCAAUUAAACUCAAUUCAAUUCCAUUCAAAUCGAUUCAAGCUACUCCCUUUCUGAACUUCAUCAUCAUCUGAAGUUGUGGAGGACUAUAAAAUAAAAGCAAUAAUAUAAUAUAUACAAUAUUAAUAUUAUGAUAAUAAUUAUUAUAAUAAAUAUUAUAAUUAUUAUAAUUAUUAUUAAUUCAAUUGAAUUGGAUUUGCCUUUAUGACUCGCCUAGGGGCAGUUAGGAUGGCAUUGUCAGAGCAGAAGCAACCAAUAAUUUAAUGAAUAAACAUACAAAUCUCCACAUACAAAACAUGACCUUCUUGUGGCCCAUGGUAUUAGUGAAAUACUAACCUCGUCCACAGGCUGUUGCGCACAGCACAUAUAAGCCUGGUACAUCAACUAUUUAAAGCUGGAAUUAGUGGGAGUCACCAUAGAGUUCUAUGGGAGUGACCUUACUAAAUCAAGUAUUUGUCACACAGGCAGCUGGUGGCACCUUAAUUGGGGAGGACAGAUUCAUAUUAAUGUCUGGAACGGAAAAAAAUGGAAUGGUAUCGAACUCAUCAAACAUGUGGUUUCCAUGGUUUCCAUGUGUUUGAUACCAUUCCAUUUACUCCAUUCCAGCCAUUAUUUUGAGCCGUCCUCCCCUCAGCAGCCUUCUGUGAUUUGUCAUCAUUUAAUUUUUACGAAUCACACAGCUGUGCUAGCGUACAGGGGAGGGUUAGGGGGAAGGUUUUGUGGGAGAUGAUUGGUUGGUAGAUUAAGCCAAUUAAGCCAAUGCCUAUGCGCUGGCAGACGAAGGCCAAGUUUGACACAUUGGUCCACCAGACUCUUCGCGCAUUUGGGAGGAAGUGUCUGGGAACGAGAUCAGUGAAAUACCAACUAACUUAGUUCAUGACCCCAGCUAGACCGAUAGUGGGUAGGGCUGUGUGUACCUCUCACAUUCUCAGUUCGUUCCCUUUAUGGCCUAUCUGUAAUACUACACCCUACUUUACACAGAACAUGUUUUUUCGGGUGCGAUAAGACCUUUCAGACCAGUAAGAUAAACAUUGGGGGAAAAUACCUACUUUCAGAAUCGACCUUGUGUCUGAGGAAAGAAAAUCUAUACGACAGUAAACUGGAAAUCGAUAGCCAUCUCAUUCCUGCUGCCCGUGUUGGAUUUUCAUUGUUAGGUUUGGUUAAUCCAGACCUAGCUCUUUAAUCUGUGUGUGUGUGCGUGUGUGUGUGUGUGCGUGUGUGUGUGUGCACGUGUUUAGGCCGUCUGCAUUUCUACUCUUGUGUAUUUACUAUUGUUAUGUAUUUACCGCAACCCACAACACACACACAAAUACAACUCAAUAAGGAGUCAGGCUUCUUUAGUGUAUUCAUACUGCAUGUAUAGCUUGUAUUCAGAAUGAAACAUGUUUUGAUUGACGUAACAUUGAGUUACAAUUGGUUUCUCCCUCUAAAAAUGGUCUAAAAGUAAUGUAAAAAUGGUCUACAGAUGACCAAUUUAUGUAUUCUUGCGGCAGAUGGAACACUUUUUUCCCCUCAGCACUGGUUUGAUUGAAUUCCAGCCUGUUAGAUACAGUCAGUAGGACACCAACAUACAGUAAAUACACACAAAAUACCUUUCAAAUACUGCUGAAUUUCACAAUACACACUAGACCAGCAAAGCCAUUCCAUUACUUUAACCUACAGCAUUUUAAUCCAUCAGUUCCCAUCAUUCCAUGAAUAAAUCUUGAUUCUGGGAUGGAGAGCCAGUGGCAUAUUUCAGAUGUGAGGUGGUCUGACUUUGACCCCCAGGUGGAAUUCAGGUAACACAUCUGAGUUUGCACAAAAGCCUAUAGCAGCACUAUUGGCUCAAGCGUAGGUCACCGAGAGGACACAUAGGAUGCAGAACCGCUACUGUAACUGCAAGAGCAAUAACUCUGUCUGUGUUUCAACUGGCACCCUAUUCUCUAUAGUGCACUACUUUGGGACACACCUUAUGUUUCACAAAACACUGACUAUCCAAAUAUUGCCUUUCCAUUGCAAGGUGCCAUACACAUAAAGAGCGGGUCAUAUAAAGAAACAUAUUACAGCGACCGGGUGAGUGGGGUCAGAGACAGGGCACAGGGGUUUAAAAUGCCACGGGCUGGUAUUACGUACUGCUGAUGUGAUAAGUUAAGAAUAGGGCCAUGUUUGCAGAGCGUUUGACACAGGAACCGUUUCAUGACGUUGAAGUCUGAUAGAGUUCAUUCCCAGGGCAGUGGGUUAUAAUGCUAAGAUGGUGGAUACAUUAUAUGAUAUGUACAUACAGUUGACAAAUGAAUAGUCAAUGUUAUGUUAUUCAAUCUGGGAGGGGGUUGUGUGUGUGUGUGUGUGUGUGUGUCGGGGUACGCUUUCACUUCAAGAGAAUGUAAGAUGAGACUGAAGGAGUAGAUUCACAACAGGCAUGGUGUAGACAUUAUGGGAAUGGUUGUAAUUUGUGUGUGUGUGCAAUGCGUGUGUGUUCUGACAAUGUUUGUGCUGUAGCAAUGAAUCAUUAACUUUGCUUAGGGUGUUGGUUGUGUUUCUCAAAAAUGAGAGGGUUAAUCUCUCAACCUAGCUUAUCUUAUAUAACCUUUUCAUUUCUAACUGUCAUACCAUUAAUGUAUUAAUCAAAACUCGAAAGAAGGUGUUAGUGAAUUAUGUCUCACUCACUAUCAAUAGUAAAUAUUGCCAGAGACAAUGGUAUAUACAUUGGAGAAAUUACUUAUAGUACAUCAUUUGAUAUACUGUAUUACAAUAAUUAUGUGAAGUAACAUGUUUUAAAUGUGCUCACUACGUGUGCAAGUCACACCUCUCUGUUAAACCCUGAUGAAGGUCUAUUGACCGAAAGGUUAGCUGAGGGAUCCAUUGAAUUGUUAAUGGAGUAUUCUGGAUUACUAUUGUGCUGGAGUUCCUUUUUUUUUGCUAAUGUGCUCGCUCUCGUCUGUGUCUGUGUGUGUAGAGAUACUGAGUAUAAGGGAAUGCAGCUGUCCUUGGACCAGAUGACCCCUAGCAAGCCAGCGUUCCCCUACAACAGCCCUCCGAGUAGUACAGAGGAGAGGAAGGGGACCAAAUCCCGUGUGACACACAACAAGGCCAAAGUCAGAGUGUCUCCCUACCCACAGCAGGUAAGACACUUGGUACCUGUGUGGUGUACUUGUUAAGAAUAGAACAGGUCUGAUUUUCUCUCCCUUAGCCCCGAAAUCCCAUGCUCUCUUAAGCCCGGUUCAGAUAAAACAACCGACAUAAAGAGAGAUGGUGCAUCCUUACAAUUAUGUGAUACACCUCUGAUACAAAUGUGCUGCUUGUUGUAGGCAAGGUGCUGUAACAAAUGAGUAUCAUGAAAUACAUGCACCAGAAACAGGGCACACUGUGACUUGACAGACCAGAAUACAUGACUAGUGUCCGACAUUCGUCAUCAAUAAUCAGUUUGAUAUGUCUUUAAGCUAAACGUCACAGAAGAUUGAGAUGGAGUAAAACCACCUUUUACUACUUGAAUACAUAGUUUAAACCUUGUAUAUUCCAAGUUCUAGUUUCCAAACAUUUUCAACUUUUCUCCAGUUUUCAGCCUUUCAACCCGAGCGUUCCGAGUCCGACCAGGACAGCCAAUGGGGAGGCAGCCCUGUGACAGAAUCUGCUUCCCCUCAGCUGCUGGACCAAGGGGAGGGAGCGGAGGGCGGUGCCUGUGCCUACAGACUCUACCCCGACUCAGGCUCCCUCUGCUAUGGCCUGGCUCUCUCUGAGGAGGACCUCACGCACAGCCACACCCACUCCCACCAUCCUGCUACCGCCUGCGACCGCGGUGCCCGCUGCCAGGCUGGCCGCUACUUCUUGGGCGCUGCUCCCCAAUCUGGACGGGAGGCCUGGUGGGACGCAACGCGCUCCGUCCUCUCCCUGCCCAAGUCAUCUUUGGAGAACGGCGAGGGCUACGACCUCACUUCCUACCACAGCGUGGUCCAUGGUGAGGCGUUAGGGUCACAGCCACCGCCAUCUGGUUCGAAAAUAAUCAAAUGUCACUUUUCCCUCGUAGCUCCUUUAUUGAAUAGGCCAAGGGCAUUAUGGACAAUGUCAAGUUGUUUACACUGUUUCUUGCCAGUAUGCCGAUUGUUACCAUCUGUUGUGCAAUAAUUGCCCACUGUUUAAGAAAAGUUAUUUCACCUUUCAUGUCCUCAAACUGAGACAACUCACAAAAGUGCUGCUGCCAGGAAUGCUCUGUCUAUUAGGGAUUUAUAAUCUAGACAUUAUCUCACAUUUUUUUUAGACUAACAUUUAGCUUUCAACGGCAGAGAUUUGUAUAAACCUUGCUGUCUGUCUUUCCGACAUUUGCAACAUUGUUUCAAUAUUCAAAUUCGAUCCCCAGCUGUUCCAUAGUAAUUAACGUGUAGGGGUCGGGAGUCGGGAGGAGACAGACAGGCAUGCAGCGUUUCUCAGCCAGUUGAAAUCAUGAAUCAGCUGGCAUCAUUUUUAUGGAUUUAUACAAAGAAAUGUCCAUUGAAAAAAGGUAAAACUAAAUGAAGUGCAGCUAGUUUGCAGUCUUUCCAGCUUCAGUUUGACGUGAUUGUGUUAGCUGUGUUGUUGGCCAGCUCCUCUGAACCACAGUGUCCUGACGAGAGACCAGAUUUUCAAUGCCAGGUGAAAUUGCGCCUCAUUAGCUCAUUGUUAUGGAUGUAUCCAAAUAAAUGUCACUGGAAAACAGCUUAAAUAAAUGAAAAUGCAGCUACUGUUGUUAUUCUGUCUGCACUGUUUGACGUGACUGUAAAUUAGCCGUAGUUGGCUAGAUAGCAAGCAAGGGAUAAAAACGUUGCCAGCCAGUGUGGCAAUGGAACAUUUAGAAUGAAUGACUGGGUCGCGUCCAUAGAUACAGAACAAAAAGACUGAACGACUGGGUCAUGUCUCUAGCAACCGAACCAAUAGAACGAACGACCAGCCGGCUUGGGUAGCAACCCUAGAUUUGUGUCAAGACUAUAUCUUGUGGAAGGAUGAAAUAGUAUGAUUAAAUUAAUCAAAAUAACGUUUUGAAUGAAAAUAUAUCAAUCAUUAUUUGAAUAUGUUGGUAACCCGUUGUAUAAAAGUGAUAAUGCCCUCGAAGCCAGUGUUUGGAGGAUAUAUUGGCAUGGAUUGCCGGCCCUCGACUUCGUCUCGGACCUAACAACACCCAUGCCAAUAUUUCCUCCAAACACCGGCUUCGAGGGCAUUAUCACUUAAUUACAUGACUUGUUCAGUUGUAUGCAUAUUAUCAAAUACCAUUUCACACGUACUGUGCAAACAAUAGUUGAAACAGGUGCUAGUUAGGUCAUGUGGAUGAAUGAAUAAAUCUGUCUGUAUAUUACAAAAUGUAGUCCUCCAUUCCAGUCAUAUUUCAAUUUUGUAUUAAAACCCCCUAGAGUCGAUGUCUGCGCCCAAGUGGAAAUCAAAUUGGCAUAACAAAAACAUCCCCAUAAAAAUAUGUCAGUUUAAGCUAGAGAUAUCUGCAUGGGCUGCGUCUCAAACCACUGCAUCCCCCUGAUGUCGCACUUCCGCAUCUGCGGUGAAAGGUGACAGAGCUAGAGCGGUGUUUGUCAGACCAUGAGACAUCCCAAGAAUCAGUCUUCUCACAAAAUCGUCUGUAGCGUCCGAACGGUUUGGCCUACAAACCCUCACAAACACGAUGGUGUUCUCUGUUUCAUCCUACCCCCACAAGUGUCUUGGGACUCGUCUGAAGUCGGGACAGCCGAUCUGCCAACUUCUGUCUGUAGCGUCCAAACAGUUUGGGCUACACACUAAUAUGACACCUUUGUGGAAAGGGGAGACUCGCAUGAUCACGUGCGUGUUGGUUGUUUUGCUCUAGUACGACUCGUCACAAGACUCAUCUGAAGGUCCCCCAUGUUGAGUGCCAAAAAUAAGGGGUUAAAUACAUGCAAAAAAGAAAAACAAAUGUUUCCUGAUCUUUCUUAUAUCGCUCAGAUAUAGGACAUACACUUCAGAACAAACUUCCUUUAGAUUAUUUUGGGGGACUGUCUGUUGUUCCAUGUAGUGAAUCUGUUAUUUAAUGUGUUUGUAUUGGCUAAUAGCAGUAAGGCCCACAUUUUGUUUUCAUCAAAUAAUUGAUUUUAGAUUUUUUUGGGAUACUUCAAGGGGUCUUACAAUUAUAAAUCAAAUACCUUAAUGAUCCUUCGUAUGACCGUCUUAAAACAAUUCCAUAUAGCUUAGGCAGGGCUUAGACUGUUAUGGGUUAAUAGCGGUCAUAGGCACUAACUCACAUGGGUAUUACAUAAAUAUGCAAUAAAUCCAUGAACUGUGAAAAUCAUAACAGUAUGUACAUUUGGGUUUGAGAUGGCUGAAAGAGUUUUGUUGAUUAAGUGGCGUAUUAUUAUUACAUACAUUUUGAGAUUUUAACUUUGGAGUUAAACGUUGCCACUUUGUCUAACAGGAAGGGGUCACUGGGACGAAGAGAGCGUGGUCAGCUCACCAGAAGGGGGCGGCGGCUCCACUGGCAGCGACCAUUUCCGGGCGAGCCCUCAGGAGCCCAGCAAGAUGGAGACUCUGAUCCAUGCCACGCAGCAAAUGAUCAAGGAGGAAGAGAGCCAUCUGCAGCUGCACAAGGGGCCACUGGACGCCCUGGGCCCAGUGGGGGGCCUCUCCAACAACAGCCACAGCCCCUGCUCCUUCACCCCCUCCUCCCUGCCCCUCCCUCAGGCCACCAUGCCUGGCGUGGUGUGCCGUGGCCCGGGGGUCGCCAGCGGCAUCAACCUCACCCUCACCUCCGAGCGCUUCAAUCACCGCGAUGAUGGCGGCAAGGUUUUGGGUUCCCACGGCAACAUCGACAACAACACAGCCAGUCCGGUGUCUCUGUCGUGCCUCAGCAGCCCCAGCUCCGACGGGAUCCCCAGGUCAGGCCUGUCUGUCUCAAAAGACUACCUGCAGGGUCAGACGGACGUCUCGCCCCACCACCACCCUCUAGGGCAGCAGGGAAGCCCAAUGCUUUACCCAGCCCAGGAGAUGCAGCCCCUGGACAGGCAUGCUGCCUACGCCCUGACCGGCUAUUCCCUGGAGCACCUGUAUGACGCGGAGAGCCUGAGGAGCUACUCGGGGCUGGGCUGCGGAGGGGCCCAGUACGACAUGGUGCCACACAUGAGGAUGCAGGCCGACCAGAUGCAAGGACACAAGGGCACAUCGGUGAUCAUCACCAAUGGGAGCUGA